AACAAAAUGUCGCCUCGCAAUGCUGACUGCGGCCUUUGCAGAGGGGGGAAAAAAAAAAGAGAGAGGAAGAAGAAAAAAAGCGCAAACUCGCGAGUCGAGUCGUACGUUGAUAACUCGUCGGCGAGGGGGGAGGCCGAGGGGGGACGACGGAUAAUCACCACUAAACGCUAUACGUACGGCGUUAUACGACGUUAUCGUGUUGUGUUCUCGAUGUCUAUAUACCGAUGCGGAAAGUACUUAGCGCGACACACGGAGGCCUUUCUUAUACAGCCGAGAAUUUGCAAAGUGUUCGUGUGCCGAGGCGAGCGUAAACGCGAGAGCUCGGAGCGUCUCUUUUGUGUUGCUCGUCGCGGUUCUCUCACUAUAGAGGAGGUAUAAAUUUCGAAAAGCCGGGGAAAUCGAGGGAGAUCAAGAAGCCCUGGUCCGAUUCUGCCGGGCUCGCCGAGCAGUUUUGGAGAAACAUUCGCUAACGCAAUCCGCAGCUACGUAAAUUGUCAGUGACCUGACGCGAGGUCGACCUAACCUCAAAGCCGCGCCCAGCCCGGGUCUGCGGCGCGGAUAAGACGAACUAGGCUCGAGGUGGGACUUGAGGUGGAGGAUCUCGGGAAUCGGGGGAAAUGGAGGUUCAGCUUCCUUAUCUGCAGGCGAUUCAGGCGCUACCUGGGAGUACACCUGCGGAUAAGUUCAAGGCUCUGAGGGGCAUCGCCAAGGGGAUCACCGAGACCGUCCCUUCGCCAGGUGAUUCCGUCCAGGUGACACCUUCGGCAGAACUGCCGGAAUCGCUGGUGCCCUACGUCAGGUUGGAGAUCGGGAAGAUCCUGAAGAGCUGCGACGAAGUCGCGGCUGCCUUGAGGUCGGAAAUCGAGAUCGUAGUCAACCAGGCCCUCCAAGUCGAGUGGUUCUUCGACGGUAGCCACAGGGAGUACACGAACUUCCAGUACUUCUCCCAACACCUACUGCCGUACGUGUCCUUGAGCAUAAGGUGUAGAUUAAUAAAAUGUCUAGCGAUCCAUUUAAGCAAGGAGCAGCGUCAAGUAGCCGAGGAAUUCUUCUCCGGAUUCGCGAGGAUGUACGGCACCCAGGAGACGCUGCCUCUCCUCGUAUCCUGCAGCGAGAACUUCGUCAGACAGAAGAUCGUCGAGUACCGAAUCGUCCUCUCCUGCAAGAUCCUUGAAAAUCUCUUCAGGAUCUUCCCCGACCUAGCGAUAUGGUACCUGAAGCUCUGUAAACCGAGAGAAAGAAACGACACAGUCCGCGACCUGCACAAUAUCAAGAUGACCGACUACGUCAAGUUCCUCCCGAGACUCGUCAGAGAUCACUUGGAUGUGUUCAAAGAGCUGGUCGAGUUGCACAAACCGGGAGUGCAGCUAGGUAGGAAAACGGGGAAGAUGUUCCUUAGGAAGUCCCUGCAGGACCUGAUAGAUAAACCAAAGAUCUACCUAACGAUAGUGCCGAUGAAAUUGAUCGCCGCGACUUUGGAGAGAGGUCAGUUGAUCACCAUGCUGCGAAAUCUCUAUCCCAAGGAUCUGAAGGACUUCGACUUGGACCGGAUGCUCGGCUACUUGAACGAGUUUGUCAAGACCGAUAAAUCGGAAAUAUUGCUGGAGACCUUCAAGGAAGUAUACGGGGACGAUCUCUUGAACCAUGGUAACCUCGUUACCAGCGAGCUGUUGCUGUUGCUGCCAACGGAGGAACGAGUCAGACAGGCGAGGCUCAAAGUCAAGGAUCAAAAUUGGAGUCACUGCACCUCGAAGCUCGCUUGGAUAUGUUACUUGCCGACUGCGGAAUCGAUUCCCGUGUUAAAGGAACAGGUAGCCAAGGCUCAGGACUCCGAGGAUCGCGGAUCGUUGCUGAGACACAUGGUCUACAGUUGUACGGUCAACCACGACGAAGAAGCGUUGCUGGAGUUCCUGCAGUACUUCUUGUCUCGACAUAGAAACGAAGAUGCACGGGUCAAGUAUCUCGUCUUAGAAGCCUUUCUAAGCUGGGUCGACUUCGACCACCUCCGGAAGGACCACUGGUCUUUGUUGGAAAAUAUAGUCGAGCUGCUUCACGUCAAGAACGAGCUACAGUUCAGGGCGACGAUCGGCGUGAACAUCCUUGCCCAACUAGCGUUCCACAAAUUCCAGCAGAAUCAACCGGCCGAUGUCCCCCUAGACCGCAUAAUAGAGAUGAACAAGACGAUCUGGUACAGCAGGUGGAACAUGCUGGAGAAACAUCCCGAAUGCGAGAAGAAGUGCCUGGAGUACUUCCUGAAAAACCUCGAAAAAGCUCUUCCAGAAAACGACAAGGUCUUGGCCCUGAACCUGGUCACUUCUCUAAUGGAAGGGAUUUAUGAAUUCAACAACCGGGUCCGGGCGACCAAACGAGCAGAGAAGUUGACAAUGACUGUCCGGAACACUCCUUGGUUGGUGGACCUCGUGAAGGCCACCUUGAACAACGCCUACAAACAGGCCUACGAAGAACAUGCCUACGAACGCCAGCGAAUCGAGAUCACGUUGCAGAAGAACGAGAAGGACCUCCUGAGCACCUGGCUGGAAUCAUACGGACUCGACAUAACGAGUGGUCAGGCAUAUCGAACACUGUUAAGGGACCCCCAGAAGAUCCUGAAGAACUGGCAGAAAGUUCUGGACCAGGGGAAAAACAUGGCCUUCCAGAAGGCAACGCUGAAGUUCUUCAGAGCCACCCGCUGGCACCAGGAGAUACCGAUUAAAUUUGCCCACGAGUGCAUGAAGAACGUGGCAGAGAAGAAGAACGAGAGUAUGCUGGUGAUCCUGGCGACGCUGGUCCACGGAUCCACCCUGACCAGCAUCCUGGAGCCAUUGGUGCCCUCCGAGGAGAGGAUCGACCCCAGUGGAGACAAGGCCAAGGAGAAAUAUCAGAUGAUCUUCAGCGUCCCCAAGGCGAUAGAAGUUGCCGAUCCUCCCGUUCCCCUAGAGCUGGUCUCCUCAUUCUGCCAGGGCGACUAUCUGCAAUACGUAUUGUCCACCCUGACCAAGGUGGCGAGGAGAAUCUCCAUUUCGAAGGUCCUGGCUUUCGCCAAAACCCUGACGGAACGCAGGGUCUCGGUCAAGAAACACGGCAUCAGGCUGGUGAUCCAAGUGGCGUCCUUGGACGAGGUGGCGACCUUCUUGGUGGAGUCCUGGGCGACCGAGACCCAUCCUUCCAUUCGGGCCAUCGUCUUCGAGAAGAGCCGCCAGCUCUUCCUGGAGAAACCCGGCGAGACGACCUGGACGCUGAUGCAGAGGUGCAUCGAAGGGCUCACCGAGAAGGACUCGGAACUGACGGCUUCCUUGACCGAUCUUGCUCAGGUCCCUAACGAGUACAUCACGGAGUACAUCGUCAGGGUCCUGGACGCCAUCAACAGGUCCACUUCCAAGGAUCCUAACUACAUCCCCACGGUCAUCUCGCGCCUGAUCGCCAACAUCGACCCGAGUAUCGCCGCCUUCCUUCCGGAGAAGAUGUGCGAGAUGCUGCUGACGAAGUACCUCUUCCCCAAGAACUACAAUCCCGCGAUCGCCACAUCCGCGACGAUAUUCUCUGUCGCCACGUAUCUAGUCCCCAGUUUGGAAAAAUUGGACCAGAGAUUGGCCUUCUUCGCGAAACUGCUAAACGAAGUCAUCGGCAAGCGUUGGGACGUGCCUGACCCCAGGUGCCCGAAAUUCUGCCCUGUUAACAACACCGUCAGGAAAGUGGUCGAGGUCCUCAGCAAGCACAUCAGGAAGGACAAGGUCCCGGCCAAAGUCGUCCAGCGAUUGGCCGAGUCCUUGGCCCCGGUGCUUCCUCCUCUUAAGGACCCUUUCACGUACUUGACGCUCAGCUUUGGGGCAGAGAUCCUAAACUCCACCUCGCCCGAAGAAUUUGGCCACAAAGUUGGUAGUCUAGUGCCACGGUAUGUCGAGGUCCUUGGCCAGGAGCUGAUCCUUUUCACGGGACACCUGCUGCGAGACUUCCUCUCGGUGAAUUACUUCACCAAGAUCAAGGACGAGGAAGUGAUGCUGCUAGUCAUCGAGGGACUCGUCAAAACUGGGGACGCGCAUGCGUGCAUAAUGGCGGCCACUUUGAUUUUGCCUUAUUGGUCGAAGGACCUUAACGAGAGGUACCUUAAGGUGAUUCGGAACUUGGCGAAUAAUCCACACCCGGCUGUCAGGGGACUGGUUAACCAUGAUAGGAACAAAUUUGAAUUCUCCUAUCCUAGUGAUUAGAUUUAAGACGAAUAAUCGAGACCUGGACACCUGUCGAAUUCCACGCCCGGAGUGAUAGAGACUUCUCCAUUUCCUGAGAACUCCAAACUCCCCUAAUCGUUAUCCUCAUAUGAGAAGGGGAACGGAAAUAAGAGGGCCGUUCAUUUCGUCAACACCUACCGGGAAUCUGGGGAUAAUCCGGGGUAACGAUCUAGCCCGGAGAUUUAUCUAACGCUGAUAACGAUUAGAUAAGCUUAGUUCGUCGCACCAUGAAAUUUUCCUACCCGCUCCCGAAUAACCGAUCCGUGGAAUUGAUCCGUCGACAUCCUGGCACGUGCCACCAACGUCGUCAAUUUUCGACGACAUUAAAGUCAAGUUCGAAAUUACCAAAAAAAAAAAGGAAAAAAAAAGUGGAAAACCGACUAACGUUACCGCCGCGUACAAGCACUCAGCAAUCGUUCCGUCGCUCUACCUUUUUAUAUCUAUACAUGAUAUAGAUGAUAUAGGUGAUAUCUUCGUAAUACUCCCAGAUGGUUGCUUCAUCGGCAGCCAUACGUAAACUUACUCAGGGCUUAAUAUCCCACGUCCCAAAAACUAGGAGGGAAAUAUAAAUAAUCCACUGAUAAGAUGUUCUAAAUAUAAUAAAGUCAUUAUUCAUUUACGAA